GUCGUGACUACGCGGUCUCAUGGGAAUGAGAGUUUCCAAAAAUGCCAGUGAGCUGAUGGUGCUGGGGAAGAAGGAGGUGACACCGCGCACCUAGCCUACUUCCUCAACUUAUCCAGGAGUAGCAGACUCUAGCUCCACACACUUAUGGGAAGUCUACUAAAGUAGUGCCUGAAACAGGUGGAUUCUCCCUCGCACAGCUACACACAACAUAUUGGUUUUUUUUUAUUCUGAGAAGGACCGGCAUCACCACAAAAUGAAUUCGCUCUCAGCUUGGUUUUGGAGUGAGAGUUUCUGGCUUCCACCGAAUGUUACUUGGGCGGAACUCGAGCACCCGCCACCAGGAGAGGAGUACCCCAGAGCUGACCAGCUACUCUCAUGUUUACCGCUUGCUUUUGGCGUGUUGGCUGUCAGGGUUUUAUUUGAGAGGCUAGUAGCCAAGCCCUGUGCCAACAUACUUCAGAUUCAGGCUGGAGAGAGCCGGCGAGCCCAGCCCAACGCUGUCCUGGAGAGGGUGUUUACAUCCACAACGAGUCCAGACUCGCGGCGGGUCGAGGGGCUCUCUAAGCAGCUGGACUGGGAUGUGCGGAAAGUCCAGAGAUGGUUCCGACUCCGGAGGAACCAGGACAAGCCCAGUACACUCACAAAGUUCUGCGAGAGCAUGUGGAGGUUGACGUUUUAUACCGGUAUAUUUACCUAUGCAAUUCGCUAUCUGUGGGUGUCUCCUUGGAUGUGGGACACACGGCAAUGCUGGUACAACUACCCAUUUCAGACACUGAGUCCUGGCCAGUACAACUACUAUGUAGCUGAGCUGGCCUUCUACUGGUCCCUCAUGUUCUCCCAGUUUACAGACAUCAAAAGGAAGGAUUUCCUCAUCAUGUUUGUCCAUCACCUGGCCACCAUAACUCUCAUCACCUUCUCCUACUGUAACAACAUGCUGCGAAUAGGCACUAUGGUCAUGUGUGUCCAUGAUGCCUCCGACAUCGUGCUGGAGUUGGCCAAGUUGGCCAAUUAUGCAAAGUACCAGCGGAUUUGUGACACCGGCUUUGUAGUAUUCAGCAUCGUCUUCUUCAUCACGCGACUUGUCAUCUAUCCCUUUUGGAUCAUAUACAGUGUGCUGGUGGAGAGCUGGGAGAUUGUCGGUCCGUACAGUUCCUGGUGGCUGUUGAACGGCCUGCUUCUGGUCCUGCAGUCUCUUCAUGUCUUCUGGUUCUACCUCAUCGCUAGAAUCGCCAUCAAAGCCAUAUUCAAGGGCAAGGUGGCGAAGGAUGACCGCAGUGACAUCGAGAGCAGCUCAGAAGAGGAGACGGACACCAAUGUCAAGAGCAGGAACAAGUCACAACCCAACGGUAGCGAGCAAUCACCCAAAAAAGACAACGGGACCAAUGGCUUCACCAAAUGUGGAACAAAAGACCACUGAACACAGGGAGAG